CAGUUGGACACCAGGAAUUGCUUCCUCCGGAAUCCUAGUGGUUAGGUAACCCUACACACUUUACCAUAAUCUGUCCUCACAAUAUACUCAAAGCUAUACAUCACGCUAGAGUUUCUAUAUCGUGGUCGACCGGUUUCUAUUCCAGUCAAUGCUAGAAUGGCCCGAUCAGCCCAUUUAUAGCUCUGCCUUCUAAUGCUGCCGUGUUGCAGCCGGGUAUUAUGUGUGUCAAUAGGCACAGCCUUAAUGGUGGAAUAUGUUGAAUCUAACGUAUGUGUGAUAAGAGUGUAUGCUAACACCUCACUCUAUAGAACUGAUGGCAGUUUGCUUACGAAUGCUAUCAAUUCUAUGUAGAUCUUGUUAACACUUAUGCAACUAAAAAUUCAAAAUACCUGAUUUAAACGUGUAAAUAUUUGUUAUUUGCUUUAAAUAAUCUGGAAUUUAGAUGGAAGAUUAAAUCACUUCAAUACUAUGACUAGAAUAACUAUGAGGCUCCAGAGAUCCACAUGUUUGUCAUUAUGGCUGCUGUCACAUCAGUGGGCCUAGCUGUUGCACGUAGAACAUCUUGUUCCAGAGAAACAUCCUUCCUACAGCACAACAUAAGGAGGAACAGACCGUGCUCUGCCGCAGGUAUGAACACUGUUGAGCGGUGUAGUUUGAGAGACGUCCGCUAGAUGGCGCCCGUAAGCCGCCAAACACGCGUUGGAAACGUGAAACUCCGCCCUCAUUUACACGUAAUCAAAAUCAAAUAAACACGGAAGCCAACCUUAGACCACCUGGCAUGUUGAUGUUAAAUGUUUGCCUGGGCUUUUAAACAUCAUAAAUGUCAGUAGUUUGUGAUGACGAGGUGGUCAAGCGGUGGGAAAGGGAGCAGGCCAGCCUGAGGCAGCGGGUGGUGGAGGAGGACACCGAGGCGUGGCAGCGAUGCCCCCGCUUCUCCACCCUGGAGCGGGUGGGCGGAGUCGACCUGUCCUUCAUCAAGGGGGACGAGGUCAACGCGUGCGCCCAGCUGGUGGUUCUCAGCUACCCCGACCUGGAGGUGCUCUACGAGGACAGUCAGAUGGUGAGGCUGACCGCCCCCUACGUGGCGGGCUUCCUGGCCUUCCGCGAGACGCCCUUCCUGCUGGAGGCGCUGCGACGCCUGGAGAGGAACCGGCCCCAGCUGCUGCCUCAGGUCGUCUUGGUGGACGGGAACGGCCUCUUCCACUACAGAGAGUUUGGCCUGGCCUGCCACCUUGGGGUGCUGUCUGGGAUUCCCUGUGUGGGCGUGGCCAAGAACCUGCUGCAGGUGCAGGGCGUGACCAAGAGCGAAGAGCACCAAUCACAGGUGAGAGCGUCACCCUUCAGCAUGCCCCACGCCUUCUUACUACUGGUGGAGACAGAACUGUUGUAG